AUGGAACUUCCAAGUUCACGCAUUACGGGCAAAGUGGAAUUGGGCAUUGCCAGUCUGAAGAUCCAUUACACUCAACCCACCGAUGCCGGUACGUACACAUGUCAUUUGACUACGGAGUUCGGUCACGCUGAUAGCCAUCCGGCUACUUUGCAAUGUGAAGUUUCCGGUACGAUUAUCGCGGCCAGUCAGUUGCCCGGAGACAAAGAAAAAGGACUUCAAGCCAUUGAAGCGAUUGAAGCUUUGCUUCACGCUCCACGUGGUACAGCAUUCGAAGAAGAUGGACCUCUGGGUGCACCGCAAAUCAUACAGGAUUUGCAACCGGUCGGCGAAGUGGAGGAGGGCACGGCUGUACACUUUGAGGUGCAUGUGGAGCCAUCUAACGAUCCCUCAUUGGUGGUAAAUUGGUACAAAGAUAAUGAUUUAUUGUCCAGCGGUACACGUUUCCGUGUGACAUACGACCGCGGAGUGGCCACAUUGGAUCUGGUAUAUACGAUCCCAGAGGACAGUGGCGAAUAUUGGUGCAAAGUGCACAAUGCUGGAGGUCAGACGGACAGUCACCGCGUGCCGUUGAAGUGUCUGCCUUCGGCCGCGAUCAUCACUCAGAGCAAUUUGAUGCAAGGUUCCGAAGGAUACAACCUGAUCAAGGCUAUUGAGGAGGCUGCCGAACCGACCGGAGGCGACUUCCGCUACCUCGAAGAAGAAGAGCCGGAUUCCCAACCGAAUUUCGAUGUGAAACCCCAGGCGGCCACAAUCAGUGAGGGGUCACCCGUUCGUUUCCUGGUUCGAGUCAGUGGCAAACCAACUCCUCGACUGUCGUGGUAUUUGAACGAUCAGCUUGUAGAACCGGACUCGAUAACUAAAAUCUACAGUGAUGGCGCUAUCAACUAUUUGGAAAUGGGACGAUGUCCUGCGUUGCAAGGAAGCAACACUCUGCGUGUGGUUGCUGAGAAUCCACUUGGACGCGCGGAAGCGGAUACGGUUCUUACUGUCACCUUGGCCGAAGAUUUCCGACCCGAUCUGAAACACGUUCAACCGGAGAAUCCUUUCAAGAAGAUGAUGGGCUUGCGCAAAGUUGACUGCACACCAGAACUGAACAAGGCAUUGACACGCACCAAACCGUCUGCUCAAGCUAUCGCCGAGAUGGAGCGCGGUACCGAAAUGAAGGCUCGCAAUUACCGAUCACCGGAGGUUAUCGAGGCCGAACGUAUGCUGGACCAGUUGGCCUUGAAUCUACGCAAAUCCGAGAUCAAACGCAUCGGUCUUUCUGCUCCUCUAUCGUUCUUGUCCUGUCCGUCUACCCAAUCAGUCUAUCCAAAACGCCUCUUGGUUUAUCCGGGUCUGUAUUCAUACUAUCCGACAAAGUGUGCUCGGUUCGUUUAUGCGUCGCCUCCUCAAGUCCCCGAAGCUACUCGAUCGCCUGCAUUGUUCUCACGAUGCACUGCUGCUCCUCGCGGUUGGAUUAUUAUUUAUCAUGAUACCGAGGCAAGUUGCUUCAUGUCAGAAUUUUCAUCCCCCGGGGAUUUGUUCCGUGAUCUCGUGUGCCUUCUCUAG